CGACUCUCGCGUGUGGAUUUUUCCAAAGGCCGAUUUCCCGUGCCAAACGCCUCCUCCUCCUCGCUGCCGUGGCACACCACGCGGCGAGACUUGCACUCGUUGCUGCUACCAUGACUGUACAAUAACCCUCUGGCUCUGCCGACCCACUCCCCAAUCGACUUCUGGCGUUGCUCCAAGAGACACAUUCCUCUGGUCCAGCUGGUGGAGCAUACAUCUUGACCUAGGACCUGCCAAGUGUGCUUGGCUGUCGAGACAAUCAUGACUUCACGAGAAGAAAGAGCGAUCGACGCGACUCUGCAUCCGACGACAUAUGCUCCCAAUGCGACCACGGACUCCUCAGAAGCGCAGCCAGGCUUGACGAGGCCAGAGUCACACCGAGACACAAUGACGGAAUUGGAAGAACACGAGAACAAUGGGCAGGGCGACACAACACAACACAGCAAUGCACCCAGAACGAGUUCAGAUGCGGCAGACGUUGAGAAGCAAGAGCACUCGGAAGAGCUGGAGCCAGUAGUCAGCAGUGAUGGCAAGAUCAAUGGGAGAUCGAAGGGAAAGAUUGUCAUCAUCAUGCUGGCAUUGUGUCUGGCUGUCUUCCUAGCUGCUCUCGACGUAACGAUCAUCACAACCGCUCUGCCCACGAUCAGUGAAGAGUUCAAUUCUGCGGCUGGCUACACAUGGAUCGGUUCUGCCUUCUUGUUGGCGAAUUCAGCUUCUAUUCCUUCCUGGGGAAAAGUCAGUGACAUCUUUGGUCGCAAGCCCAUGCUCUUGGUUGCCAACAUCAUCUUCUUGAUCGGAUCUCUGGUUGCUGCACUGGCGAACAGCAUCGGCAUGCUCAUUGCUGCCAGAGCUGUCCAAGGUGUGGGCGGUGGUGGUUUAAUCAUUCUGGUCAACAUCGUCAUUGGCGAUCUGUUUCCAAUGCGCAUUCGUGGUGCUUUCUAUGGUGUCAUUGGAGGUGUUUGGGCGAUUGCUUCAAGUCUUGGGCCCAUUCUUGGUGGCGCAUUCAGCCAGUACGUGUCGUGGAGAUGGUGCUUUUACAUCAACCUGCCUUUGGACGGAAUUGCUUUCUUCAUCCUGCUCUUCUUCCUGGACAUCAAAACGCCUCGGACCCCGAUCGUUCAAGGUCUCAAAGCGAUUGACUGGCUUGGAUCCUUACUCGUGGUAGGAGGAACUUUGAUGUUCCUCUUCGGCCUACAGUACGGUGGCGUGUCUGCGCCCUGGGAUUCUGCUCGAGUGCUCUGCUUGAUUAUCAUCGGUGUCUUCACACUCUUCUUGUUCGGCAUGUGGGAGUGGAAAGGCGCGAAGUACCCGAUCAUGCCAAUGGCUCUAUUCGCAUCCCGCUCCAGAGCUGCUACACUCGGUGUGGUCUUUCUCCAUGGCUUUGUUUUCAUUUCGAGUAGCUACUACCUCCCACUUUACUUCCAAGCGGUCCGAGGCCAGUCGCCCAUCAUGUCCGGAGUCCUCAUUCUGCCCACAGCUGUGGCUCUCGCAAUCACAUCUGUGGCAACGGGAGCGUUCAUUGCGAAAACUGGUCGUUUCUUGCCCCCGAUCUACUUUGGGUUCUUCUUCAUGACGCUCGGUUUCGGUCUCUUCAUCAACUUCGAUGCGCACAGCUCGUGGGCAAAGCUUGUCGUAUUUCAACUCAUUGCUGGUCUCGGUAUUGGUCCAAUCUUCCAGUCUCCCAUCAUCGCUCUGCAGGCUCACAUCAAUCCCCGCGAUAUCGGAACUGCGACUGCCACACUUGGAUUUGUGCGCCAGCUUGCGACGAGUGUGUCCGUGGUCAUCGGCGAAGUAGUCUACCAGAACCAAAUGGAGAAGAAGAGCGCCCAAAUAUCAGCCGCGCUGGGUCCAGAGGCAGCAGGCCAAAUCACCGGAGGUGGCGCAGGCGCCAGCACACAAUUCAUCCAACGACUACCCGAAGACCAGCGCGAAGUCGUCCGCGUUGCAUUCGCAGACUCACUACAGCCCAUGUGGAUCAUGUACACCUGUUUCGCAGCCUUGGGUUUCGCUGUCAUGUUACUCAUCAAGAAGAAGCAACUUUCAAGAGAACACGAAGAGACCAAGACAGGUCUUGAAGCUGAGAAGGAAAAUGCAGCAGCGAGGAAAGCUGAAGCGGACGAGAAGCGGGCAUCGAAGGCCACGAAGAGACAUUCGAAAGCAGCACCGACGAGUCGACCACUUUCGGAAGCGACGACAGCAGCAGCGGGCGACAGCGACAAAGAGCACAGUGCGGCCGAGGCACCAGAUGUGCCACGAUCACGAACAGCGGAUAAUACAGCCCCAAACUCCAGUUCUUAGAGCGACGAAGAUAAUGUUGUACGAUGAUGUUUGUAUUGAUUGUAAUGUUACUGGGCGUUCUGCAAAUGAGGUCUAGAGAAUCAGCAUCAGAAAAGGCGCAUGGGUAUGAUACACACGAAUGACUUGCUACCAAAAUGUACAGUGGUUCGGCGAAGAUGGCCAUCAUAUAUAGGGGGC